AUGACACUCGCGUUAUCAAGAUCCUCCAAGGACCAGGUGGCGAAUGUUAGAGAAAGAACAGUAUGCAAGUACAUUCAGGGUAGUGGAAAAGUGGAUGAAUGUUGGAAUGAAAUGGCAAAUUAUAUAAGAGAGAUAGCGCGAGAAGUGUUUGGAGAAACGAAAGGGAAGGGUACUAUUGAUAGAGAUACUUGGUGGUGGAGUGAAGAGGUACAGAGAGCUCUGAAAGAAAAGAGAGGCAUU